AUGUUUUGCAGUUUCAGUUCAGAAACUGAAAAUUUAUCUACAACGACCACAGCAUCAAUGACUGCAACUUCGGCUACAGAAUGCUCAAAAAUUUCUGAGUUACCAGAAAGUGGCAAUAAAGAAGAAGUACACAACAGUAUUAACAUCUUACUCAUGCUUUUUGUGAUUGGAAUUGAAAAUUUAUCUACAACGACCACAGCAUCAGUGACUGAAACUUCGGCUACAGAAUGUUCAAAAAUUUCUGAGUUACCAGAAAGUGGCAAUAAAGAAGAAGUACACAACAGUAUUAACAUCUUACUCAUGCUUUUUGUGAUUGGUGCUGCCUUAGGUUUAGUCUUCACAAUGAUUUGUGGCCAUCCACCUGGAGAAACAGAAAAGAAGAAAGAGACGUUUAAUCCGACGACAUUCUUUCUGUUUAUGCUGCCUCCAAUAAUAUAUGAAUCUGCGUACAAUUUAAACAAGGGAAAUUUUUUCAAAAAUAUUGGAUCCAUUCUCGUGUUUGCUAUAAUUGGAACUGGUAUGUCUGCCUUCACAAUUGGUGGUUGCUUGUUUUGGUUAGGGAAGAAAAAUGUUAUAUAUGAAUUAAGCUUUACGGAGAGUUUCGCUUUUGGAUCUUUUUUGUCUUCUGUGGAUCCUGUCGCCACUUUGGCGGUAUUUUAUGCUCUAGAUGUGGAACCUGUAUUGAAUAUGCUGGUGAUAGGCGAAAGUAUUCUCAAUGAUGCUGUAGCCAUUGUGCUUUCCAGCGCCGUCUGGGAAGCAUCUAAAAAAGAAAGCCUCAUGAAUAUUCCUAUUUCUGGAAUUAUAUUAGAAUGCAUUGUCAGAUUUCUUAUUGUUUUUGUUACAUCUGCCGCUGUGGGAAUAGUAUUUGCAUUAAUUGCUGCUCUAAUAUCCUUUUAUUUUAAACAUUUAGCUCUUAAUCAGUAUCCAUCCUUGGAAUUUGGAAUGAUUCUCAUAUUCAUAUAUGCUCCUUAUUGUUUGGCUGAGGUACUUCAAAUAUCAGGAAUUCUUGCACUCUUGUUUAAUGGAAUAGUGAUGUCACAAUACACCCACUACAAUUUAUCUAGGAACCUUCGACAUACAAUGCAAGUGACUCUUAGAAGCGCUGCAUUUAUAUCAGAAACUUGCGUAUUUGCUUAUUUAGGUCUUUCAAUAUUCAGUUUUAAAAUCGCUGCUGAUUUUUAUUUCAUUUUGGCUACGUUGUUACUCUGUCUUGUUGCAAGAGCUGUAAGUGUUUUUCCCCUCAGCGUCUUUGUCAAUAUUUUUCGUCAACACAAAAUUUCUCCUAAGAUGAUGUUCAUCAUAUGGUUUAGUGCAAUCCGUGGUGCUGUGGCAUACGCCUGUUCACUAAAGUUUGAGUUUGAAGAAAACAAACGCAACCUUAUUAUAACCACAACCUUAGUUAUUGUUCUGUUUACAACAAUUGUGUUCGGAGGAAGUACAAUGCCGCUUUUGAAAUAUUUGCAGUGGAAGGAGAAAGAUCCCUGCAAGAAAAAAAUUGCACCCAGUAGCAUUUGCUUAAUCAAAACUGAUAAUAUGGGUAAAACAAUCAUCGGUGACAAAGAAUCAGAAAUCGAAGAGAGUGGCAGUCUCACUGCUCAAAACCUGUUUAUGAAAUUGGAUACUAAAUAUCUCACGCCAUUCUUUACAAGAACGCAAGAGUGUCAUCAGGUAGUCACAAAAAGCAAGAAUGCAUACAGAAUUGUAAGAGGCGAUUCAGACGAAGACGAUUCAUCAUGAUUGGUUGAAAAGUUUUAAAUGGUUAAGGAAUAAAUAAAUUGCUUCGAACAAAAGGACCUUGUCUUAGUUAUUUUGAACUAAAUUAUAGACUGGGAUAAG